AUGACCAUCGAUAAUUACUUCCAACUAACAGUGCACUUGGUCACCAAAUAUGUUGAAUCAAUUUACCCCAGCUCACAAAAUUUCAAACUAGUUCAAACCACAAAAGAGCAAAAAUUGAACCAAUCUGAAGUAUACUAUAAGGAUGAAAAGUUCCUCAUUGUCAGUAUCACUGAAAUAAGCAGUGUUCAAUCUUUAAUUAACUUGUUGAAUCUUGAUGGAAGGUUGGAUAAUGCAUUAAUCAAUUGGGAAUGGUUCGAUUUGGAUGAAAUCAAAUUUCCCAUCAAAAAUGAAGAGCAAAACUUGCCUAAGGAUCUUGUGGAAAAAUUCAAUACCAAGUUCAGAUACAUUAUUGAUAAUGAAAAAGUAAGUUCCAUUUUUGCUCAUCCAAAUAAGCAAGAGCAAGAAGGACCCAUUGUCGAAGAACAACCUACUGAUACUGAAAGCAAUCCAGCUAGAUCACCAACACCCGAAGUUCCUUAUCAUCCAACUAAUUCAACUUUUGCUGGAGGUAACCCUUCAGCUGCUGCUGCGUCUACUGGUAAUGCACCAUUUACGAAAUUACCCGAUGAUAUGCCUGGGUUUGAAGAUGAAUAUGAAAUUAAAGAUAAAGGACCACCGGUAAGGGAUACAUUGGGACAGUCAACACAUUUACCCCCAAUUGGUGGUGACGACUUGAAUCCUCCCGGUAUUCCAUCUAAUCCUACAUUACAAGGAUACAUAGAUCCAUUACAAGCUCCACAGGGAAGUGGUGGUAGUGGGUUAGGAGGGGGUAUGUAUCCAACACCAGAUCAUCCUAUAUUUGGGCAAGGGGGACAACAUCAAGGUACAGGUGGCAGAAGAGGUGUGCCACCAGGUGCAAGGUAUGAUGAUCCAUACUCGGAAGAUAAUUUGGAUAAUCUCGGUCAAGGUUUGCCUCUGAAUUUCAGAGGCCCUGGAACUGCUGGUCGUGGUAGUUUCGGAAGUGGCGGCAGCUCUUCAUUUGGUAAUUUUGGGCCACCAGGAGCUAACUUGUAA